ACUCGACAUCCAUUCGCGCGCGCGAAGCAAGGAAGUGAGUGGCUUGUGGAGAUCUUCACGCAGUGCCACCAGUGCCGCCGACGGGCUUUAUUUUCCGCGCUCAACUACCGUCAUCUGCAGUCCCGCUGCAACCCCUCCAAUCCUUACCCCGCGGCAGCCAAAAAUCCAAGGCGUCGCUUAGUAUAUAACUUCGCUCUACUACCACUCUUUUUCACUGCGUUUUUCAACAAACUCAGUCACAAUGUCUGCGCCAGACCAAACGAUCGAUACCGAGAAGGCGCAGGAACUCCAAAUCGAACAGUCUGGUCUCGAUUCUGCGCAUAUCGAUCCGGUUUUGGAGAAGAGGGUUGUGAGGAAGCUGGACCGCCAUGUCUUACCUCUCGUUAUGGCACUAUAUCUCCUGGCCUUCCUCGACCGCUCAAACAUCGGGAAUGCAAAAAUCGCGGGCAUGGUCAAGGACCUACACUUUAACAGCGGCGAUUAUGAAUGGCUCUUGACGGUGUUCUAUAUCUCGUACAUCGUCUUUGAGUUCCAGGCCAUGAUGUGGAAGAUCGUACCGCCGCACAUGUGGGCUGCAUUCUGCGUGUUUGGCUGGGGCCUUGUUUCAAGCGUACAGGCAGCGACGAAGAACUGGGAGGGCAUGAUGGCGCUCCGCUUCCUGAUGGGCGUUUUCGAAGCCGGCUACGGUCCGGGCAUCCCGUAUCUCCUGAGUUUUUUCUACCUUCGCCGAGAAAUUGGCCUCAGGCAAGGCAUCUUCCUUUCCGCCGCGCCGUUGGCCAACACCUUCGCUGGAGCGCUAGCGUACGGAAUUACGGGCGCCAAGCACGCGGCCAUUGAGAACUGGCGGAUGCUCUUCCUCGUGGAGGGACUUCCGACCGUUGCAAUGGCUGCAGUGUGCUGGUUCUUCCUGCCCGAUGCGCCAGAAAAGGCACGGUUCCUGGACGAAGACGAGAAGAUCGUAGCCCGAGCGCGAGGCGUGCGGCAAACUGGCGUCGAGGCUGAGAAACGGAUAGGCGGGAUCGACUGGAGGGACGUGGGCGCGGCGCUGAUUGACGUCAAGUGUUGGUUCACCGCACUGAUGUACUUCUCCUGCAACGUCAGCUUCUCCUCACUGCCAGUUUUCCUGCCCACCAUUCUCGAAGAGAUGGGCUUCACGGCCAUCAACGCACAGGGCCUCACCGCACCGCCGUACUUCCUCGCCUUCCUCCUCACCAUCCUGACCUCGUACGUCGCGGACCGCACGCAGCAGCGCGCGUACAUGCUCAUGGCCCUCACCACCCUCGGCGGCAUCGGGUACAUUCUGCUCGCGACAACGACGGGCGUGGGCCCGCGCUAUGCGGGCGUCUUCCUCGCCGCCGCAGGCAUCUUCCCCGCUAUCGCGAACAUCCUGCCCUGGGUCAGCAACAACCAGGGCAGCGACACGCGCCGCGGCGUCGGCUUCGUCAUGCUUAACAUCGUCGGCCAGUGCGGCCCGUUGCUCGGCACGCGGCUGUACCCUGAGGGCGAGGGCCCGCGCUAUAUCAAGGGCCAGGCUGUCUGCGCGGCGUUUAUGUUCUUUACUACGCUGCUGGUGCUGGGCUUGCGGUUGCUGCUCGUGUGGGAGAAUAAGCGCCUGGAUCGUAAGUAUGGGACUGUGGAGGAGCAGCGGGCGAGGUUGGAGAACGAGGGUGACGCUAAAGGUGCGGCGCAACCGCAGGCCUUGGAGAACUACGGGCCCAUGUUCAGGUAUGUUUUGUGAGCGAGACUGGCCUGCUUGCGUAUCAGAUGGGAAUGGGACGGGGUUAUGACCACAUAAUGACCUUUACGAAAACACCAAAAUGAAUUUCCUGCGGCGCUUGCUCUUGGAGAAUGGCUUGUGAG